CAAACACCAACGCGAACAACGCGAACUGUCAAAAUAUUGAAUACACAAAUAGAACCUUUCAAUGUACGCCAAAACCGUGCCGACCGAGGAAAUUCUUUUUCUUAGUGGUUACUUCUGUUUCAUUUCGACGCACUCGGUGUUUCCGGCCGUUGCACUGCUCAGCGCACGAUCGUUGUCGUCGUCGAGGGAGGGGAACAUUACGGAAGGCGGUCGCGGCUCGCUAACGUACCGGACGGUGCUUUCCCGUGAAGCGCAGCCCGUACAGCAACCAUGUUUAUGGAGAAGAUCUUCGACAACGUUGGCGUUGAUAUGAUCACCAGCAAUGAUUCGGAGGAAUCGAUGGAGAAGUUUACCAACAGCAUCGGCGGUGGUAAAUAUCAAACGGUGAUAACGGAUCUCGGGAAGGCUCUGCUGCAGGCCGCCCGGGCCGGCAACACACCCAAGGUGCUCGAGCUGAUGGGCCGCGGUGCACCGUUCACCGCUGACUGGCUCGGGACAACACCGCUGCAUUUAGCCGCACGGCACAACCACAUCGAAACCUGCCGAGCGCUGCUAAGGGCCGGCAUAAGCAAGGACUCGAAAACCAAGGUCGACCGAACGCCCCUGCAUCUGGCUGCCUACCAUGGUAACAUAGAGAUAGUGGAGCUGUUGCUAAGCAGCAAGUGCGAGGUCGAUGCAAAGGAUUUGCUCAAAAUGACCCCUCUGCACUGGGCGGUGGAAAAGCGGCACAACAAGGUGGUGGAAAUGCUGCUCCAGCACGGUGCCGACCCGAACGCACUGUCCAAGUUCGACAAGUCGCCGAUACUGCUCGCCACCAACAUGAAGCAGAUGGAGCUGGUGCGGAUACUGAUGCUGGCGAACCAGAUGCGGGCGGCAAGCAGUGAACAAGUGGGGGUAAAGGAAGCGACCGACAGUCUUAUGCACGAGCUGCAGCAGCACAAGGAGCGCCACCUGCCGGACCAACCGACCGCCGCGAACGAAAACGACGAGAUCGAGGAUAACAUUACGAUGGAGCUGAGCAAUGACAGCAAUACGCAGCUGUCCGACCACUCGAACCACUCGCUGACGGACCAUUUAAUCGAGAAGGACGACAGCUUGAGCGACGCCAUAACAAACCUGGUCCAGAGCACGGAGACGGAUCCGAAAAAUCUCGACUCGUCCACGCUGCAGAUGCUGAAGGAGCAUGGCAUUUCGUUCAUGCCGUCGGAUGAUACCGGUAGCCUUAUCACGUCCGCGAUCAAGAGCGGCCGCAAGGUGGUGCUGUCCGAGGCGGGCAAGUACGCGCUUAAAGAAACGAGAAACAUUCACCCCCAGCAGCAGCAACAGCAGCACACGCAACCUGCCCAGAGGCAAACGGGAUCGUCGACCGUGCCCGCCACCGCCAUUAGCCAUCCCAAAACGAAGACAAUCAAAAUCAUUAAAAAGCAAGCCUCGUCGUCGGGCAACUCUUCGUUCGGGGUAAGCUUACCGGGCCAUCAGCAGCAGCAGCAGCACUCGCACAUCCAUCACGUACACCAGUCGAGCGCGACGGGCGCGACGCCGACGAUCAAGACGAACAAGGUGAUCAAAAUCCUCUCCCCGGAGGAGUUCAAACAGAUCUGCGGCGGUGAGGUGGGCGGCAUCAAGCGGGUGUCCUCCUCGGAGUACAAGAAGGUUCCGGUCGGGUCGGGCACGGUGAGAUUCCCCGUCGGCAGUCGCUCGCACGUGAUACCAUCGUCCCAUCAUGGUAGUGCCGUGGGCACGAAGCAGAUCAGCAAAAUCGUGAUGACGAAAUCCGGCCAGCGGUUUCCGGUGGUGGCGGCCGCCGGCAAAUCCGUCAGCGACCUGGUACAGACGAAGCACAGCAUCGCGAACGGACUGUCCAGUGGGCACAACCGGCACAUCAUCACGUCGGCGGACGGUGUGAAGCGGCUCCGGACGGCCACCGGUAUGGAGAUCAUCUCGUCCCUGCCCACCAAGCUGCCCCAGGAUACGGUCGUGUCGGUCGAAUCGUCGCCCCGGGUCGGCGCCGUGUACCACCGGGUGACGGCGAUGGGCAACCACCAUCACCACACGGCCACAAACACCACCACCACCACCACCACCUCCUCCUCCUCUUCCCUCUCGUCGGCGGUAAAAAGUGGCAGCGGGACGGCGGCCACCAAUCUCGUGGUGGAGCUGCUCGAACGUCAGCUGCUCGAGCUGAAAAAGCUCACCGAAGAUCUGCGGAAACAGUUCGACCUGUCGCAGAAGCAGAACGAGGAGUACCGGACGCGGGUCGAUAAGCUGGAGAAGGAGGUGCAAAUGCUCAAACAGCAGCAGCACGGGUCGGACGGUGGCACGGUGGCGGCGACGGCCGCCGGCAGCCUGGUCGAGAUACUGUAAAGCCCCAGUGUCACGGCCAGUAACGGUUGCGCGUAACGCGUACCGGUAACCGUACGUAUAUGGUGCAACCUUGACACACUUACACACACAAACACACACAAAACUCUACUACCUUUUAGGAAUAGCAUGUAAAAAACAAAAUGGGAGAGAAAAUUGAGCGCGUGUGUGGCACGCGCGAAAUUUCGUUGAAAAAUGUUAACAAGUUCGGGAAAUGUUGAUGAAACAUUGUUGGCUGCUGAUGAUGAUGGUAGUGAUGGGAGAAAUGGCAACAAUCCUGACGCGAGAUUACUUUCUAUACCUGAACUCUGGUGCUGCAUGUGUCUAUUUUUUACCUCUUUAGCUCUUUCGUUCGUUUAAGCACAACUUAAAGGCUGAAUUACGUUGUCUUAUGAUUGUACGCUUUAGCUAGUUUACAUUGUUCUGCUUGCAACGAUUCGGUUCUAUAACCGCUGGAAGAGUUGUUGCUUUUCUUGUUAUCAUAAUCAACCCACUGCGUUCAUAUUAGGUUUCCAAAUUACCGUUCCAUCGAAUCUCUGUUUGAGAAGAUUUCUUAAUCGUGCACAAGCAAAUUUAACCCAUUUUAGUUUCGUGGUUUUGAACAUGAGACGAUAACAGCAACAUUUAAGCGAACGAUCGCUUCAUCUACCUCGUCAAACACAGACGGUACUGAUUUAACAGGAACAAACAAACAAACAAACAAAUGAAAUAGCAAUAACAAACAGCAAUAGUGUGUAAAAGGUAAACGAAUCAACAAAACAGUCAACGAUGGAAACAGCAAAACGACUCCCAUCAUAACGGCCAUUUCAAAUGUAAAUUCAAACCGCGUGCGAGAAAGUGAGAAAAGAAAGUGAAAUUUUGCCACCAUCACCACAUCAUAAGCUGUAUAGGAGUUGUUGGUUUUAAAUUAUAGCGCUAGGGACUGUGCAGAAGCAACGGAGGAAACUAACUGCAACAAGCAGCAAAUAGAUGUGCUUUCUUUUGCGUUCGUUUAUGACGCUUUUGCGGAUCGUUUGUUUAACACAAAAGAGAAAGGGCGAAAUUGCCGUAUGAUCAUGAUACUAAUUGUGUGAUUGCUUUUUUUUUGGUUUCAAAAUUACUAAAACAAAACACCAAGCCAAUCACAAUGAAAGUGAACAGCUACUAAACACCUCAAAUUUACUUACAAUCGUUUGCAUUUAUUGAGCAAUUUCGCGACCACGUCUAAACGAAACACAAAAGUUCAUUCGGCAAUUUGUUCAGCCGUUUGUUGCAGUUUCCAAGUUGAAAUUGCCACCAAAAUGCACCCAAAUAAAAAGAGGGGGUGCAAGAAUCAGAUUAUACAUUACAGGGGGCUUUCCAGGAGCUCUUAUAGCUGUGGGACACAGUUUAUUGACUGUUUCGUACGGGAAAUGAACUUAAUGUAAUGGGAAUUGGACUUUACAGCAUGCUUGUUGGACAAGUCCAACAGGAAUUUCCAAGGAGGCUGUCCAAGAGAGUACAAUUCCCGUCAUAUGAUAUCCACUUCCCUUUAGAAAGAGUCAAGGAAGUGUCCCACAGCUAUAAGAACCCCUUGGAAAACCCUGUAUACUAAUAAGAGGCCUAGUAAGGUAGAAGACAGAUAGAUGGACAGGUAGGUCACAAAAUCACCACCAAUGCGCUCACAGCGCUGUGUUGCAUUGUUUGUUGUUUUUUUUGGCAGGCAGAUGUUUAAGCGGGUGGAAAAGCGUAAAAGAAUCGGGCUAGAAUUCGUUAGAAUCGUAAGCAAUAAUCGAAGAGAAGUGGGAGAUAGGGUAGAGGGGGAUGCGCUUUCUUCAUGUAACUCUCUCUCUCUCUCUGUCUCUCCCUUUAUCUCUCUGUCAUUGUUCCUCACAAAAGGGUUCAUCUUUUUUUUUCUUCUCUUGUACAUAUAGAAAUUAAGCCGCUAAACUUGUUUUGUAAAAUGUAACUUUACGUAACAUCGCCUUA